AUGACUAGCAGGAAUUUCCAGACCGAUCUGGUUGUCGAGACCAGUUCAGUAGACAGCCGGUUCGAGGAUCUGGCAGAGAACAAAGACUUCGGUAUUGUAAAUCAGACCGAUAUUGAGGUCUCGUCCGCGGAAAGCGCUAGCGAAAAGCGCAACCCGUUUCUGGACCCACAGAUCGAGAAGCACUACCGCGGCGUGUACGAAAAGUGCGGGUACGAGUGUGCCGGCGUCUUCGAUCCAGAUCUCACUUGGUCGCAGGCCGAGGAAAAACGGCUGUUGCGAAAACUAGACUUGCGGGUGGCCCUUUCGGCAUGCCUCAUGUUUGCCGCACUGCAGAUCGAUCGCGGCAAUCUUCAGCAAGCUGUUGCAGACAACAUGCUGGACGACCUGAAUUUGUCGACGAACGACUACAACACAGGACAGCAGAUAUUCUACGCGGCAUUCACCAUCGCGGAAGUGCCCUCGCAGUUGCUGUCCAAGAAAAUUGGGCCCGAUCUGUUUGUGCCCAUCCAGAUGGUCAGUUGGAGCAUUGUUGCAAUGGCGCAGGCCGCCAUGAGUGGCAAAGCCGGAUUCUUCGCCACUCGCGCUUUUUUGGGGCUCUUAGAGGGCGGUUUCAUCGCAGAUUUGGUGCUGUGGCUCAGUUAUUUUUACACUUCUCGUGAACUUACAAUUAGGCUGUCGUGGUUUUGGACUUGUCAAUCGUUGGUGCAGAUCGUCACCGCGCUGCUUGCAUUUGCCAUUCUGAGAAUGCGCGGAGUUGGGGGCCUCACAGGGUGGCAGUGGCUCUUGCUCUUGGAAGGUAUAAUCACGUUUCUCAUCUCGGUAGCCGCAUUUUAUCUAAUGGUCCCCUCAGCGGUCCAAACGAAGAAUUGGCUUCAUCCGAAAGGCUGGUUCUCCCCGCGCGAAGAGAAAAUUGUUGUCAACAGAAUAUUAAGAGACGAUCCUUCCAAGGGAGACAUGAACAAUCGCCAGGCACUCACUCCUAGGAAACUGUGGGCUGCAAUCGCAGAUUAUGACAUGUGGCCCAUAUAUGCCAUUGGUAUUAUCGCCUACAUCCCAGUCGGAACAUUGACACCCUAUUUGACUUUGAACUUGAAGCAGCUCGGAUUUUCUACUUUGAAUGUACAGCUACUGUCGAUACCUUAUAAUAUCUUGCACAUCAUACUUUUACUAGGUAUCACUUGGGCCUCCGAAAGAUUCCAGGAAAGGUCUUUGGUGUGUUUGCUGGCGCCGGUUUAUUCUACUUUCUUCCUAGGACUCAUUAGGUGGUGGUCAGGUUCCAUGAAACAGGCAUGGCCCACGUAUGUCCUGACCACCUUAUUCCUGGGCCAACCGUACAUCCACGCCAUUUGUGUGUCGUGGGUAUCUAAAAACUCAAACUCCAUCAAGAGCAGGAGUGUUUCUUCAGCCAUGUACAACAUGUUUGUGCAAAUUGGAACAAUCAUUGCAAACCAAAUUUAUAGAGCUGACGAUAAACCAUUGUACCAUAGAGGCAACAUGCAGCUCUUCUUUGUUUCUCUAUCCUUGAUACCUCUACUGAUAUUUACACGCGCGUACUAUGCUUAUCGUAACAAGCAGAAGAAAAAUGCAUGGAAUGCGCUCAACGAGGAAGAGAGAAGAGACUACCCUUUAACCACAACCGAUGCUGGCAAUCGUAGGCUAGAUUUCUUGUUCGCCUACUAG